AUGGCCCUGGAAUUAUUUACAAUUUUCUAUUUUAUUAUAAGUGCUGGGCUUAUUUACCCCCCUGCGGAGUUUGUGGCUGUUGGAUUAACUAUAGAGAAUUUAUUUUCAAAGUUUUUAGGAAAUCCAUUGGAAAAUAUAUUACAAUAUCAUCUGAAACGAUCUAUUUUAUCUUUAUUUGUAUAUUCUAUGCUUCCUCUUGUGUAUAUUUUAAUGAUAUUGUACUUAAAUUACGUGGAGUUCUCAUUUUUGUUCUCCGAUACAUCGUUAAUCAUAAAAUGCUUUACUACCACAGCUAUUGUUUUACCUAUGUUUGCCAUGUAUCAAAUUUAUAACUGGGUUUCUAAUAAUUAUAAAAGUCAUCCUACAGUCCAAAAUUUGUCUAAAUUUGCCUCGGAAAGUGAAAAUUGGGAAACAUUGGCAUCAGAAAUAAAUACAGAGUAUAGAAGGAUCACAAAAGUUUCUCUUAAAAUAAACCCAAUUGUAACAUUAGUGGUAACAGAUAGCUGGGUGUUAAAAAUUUGCCCAUUUGUAACACAUAUAGCAAAACUAGAAGAUACAAAUAUUCAAGUUGUUGAAUCAAGAUUGUUCAGUUUGGCGCAGGAUUACUCAGAAAAUCAAGUGUUAAAAUUGGAAGUUAAAUCAAGAAACAAUAAAUUUGAAAACUUUAAUAUUUUGUUAAAUAUUUUGGCAUUUAGAGAGUUAGAGUCUCAAUUACAAAGAAGAAUUCCUAUUUCAACUGGUAUUACCAUACAUAGGACUGAUGCUGAGCAGUUUAUACACGAAUUUAAAAAAGUUGUAAAUGAAAAUCCCAAAUAUCAUCCAACAGAGGAAAGCGAAGAAAGGUGCAUAGGGUGUUUUCAGGCGCUUCCCGACGUAAAACUGAAAAAAAAUUGUCAAGACGUGAACGAAGCGCAAAAUUGCACGACUUGUCAAUGCAGACCGUCUUGGUGCUUACAAUGCAUGGGUCAAUGGUUCGCCUCUAGGCAGGACCCUGAGAAAAAAAGCGAAUGGAUGUCUUCAAAGUGCACUUGUCCGAUGUGCCGAUCGAUUUUCUGCGUUUUGGAUGUGCAUUUGUUGGAAAAUAACUGA